AUGCAUACGGUCCGUCCCCUUGUUGACAAAAUACACUGUCCCAUUCUGAUAUAUGAUUCAGCAAAUGCGAUUAGGGAUUACGCAUUUUUCUCUGGCUUACAGAAUGUAACCGGUUCCUAUGCUGAAGAAAAACGACGAGAUCUUACGCAUGCCUUUCCUGAAAUUGCCAAUCUACCAGGGGAUCUUUUUAAUUCUGCCUAUUGUCGGCUUCCAAACCAGUCACUCCUGCCACGAGACCCGCUACGGGAUUGGCUCAAGGCGAGACUACCGCGUCGACUGACCUACACCAAACGCGAGCAAUUUCUCCGCCCCGAAGAAGUCUCGCAAUUCAUAGACAAACUCGCUCGAUUCAUGGUCGCAUUUUCCGGUGGUCUGAGUCUUAUUGUGCCGAUGUUGAUUAUGAGGAUCCAAGAAAACUUGACGAAGAGCUUAGUCACAGUAUGUGUGGCUGUGGUGCUUUUUGCGGCGAUUAUCAGUCUGGUACUCAGAGCUAAUAAUACGGAGACGGUUAUGGCGACUGCAGCAUACGCGGCUGUGCUUGUGGUGUUUGUCGGGACAAGUGGAUAG